ACUAUAGACUCGCUCUCACAACUGGCACAUUUCUCAUUUGACUCUUGCUCUGAGGAUCUCACACACACACUGACAGAGACGAUGACUCGCAUUUCAGCUUCAGUGAUCGUGCUGUUGGUUGCAGCUCUCAGUGUACUCUGUACAGAUGCUUCUGCUUUGUCAUGUUGUAGGAAGUAUACCAAAGGACAGAUACCAAUGGCAAUUAUCAAAGGAUAUUCCAUUCAGACCAUGACGAGAAACUGCCACAUUGAUGCUGUCAUAUUCCACACAAAAGAAGGCAGGAACAUUUGCACAGACCCCUCCAAAACCUGGGUGAUGAUCAGUAUCCGUAAGCUGAGGAAGGAAGUGCAAGUUAUCAGCAGAAAACAUUCAAAAGUCUAAUUUUACAACUUCUGUGGUUAAACAGAUGUUACUACAAGAAUAAUUAUUUAUGGAGGAGGAUCUAUUUCUUUAUGAAAUUUGCCUAUUUCCUCUGCAUAUUUUAUAUGCGUGUUAUAUUAUACUGUUACACUGUUUGCUUUUUUAAUUAACUGCAUUAAAAUUAAUUUUCUAUGUAAAGAGAAA